GUUUCGCUUUCACUGGAAGCUAGUUUCACUGCAUAUAGUUUUCGUAUUUUGCUGCCCAAGUAUCGUUUAUGCUGCCAACGAGGCUUCAUACAGAGAGAAAUAUAACGGCAGUCAAAGGCAUUAACUGAAACAGCUAAAGCAAAUAGUAUGGGAACAAGUAUGAGCAGCACUCAGGAUAACAAACAAAGCCACCUACUCAGAGCUACAGAAAGAGAGUCAUUGAAUUGUCAACUGAUUCAGCUGUUCUCGUUAUUCAAAUUUGGAUUGCCUCCACGUUAUAUUUGUACUGCAUACAGUAGAAUGUUCAAGACUGGUUUAAACCUGAAGAGGUAUGGCUUGGGCAACCAAGAGACAUUCGCAAAUAACCUAGAUGACACCAUCUUUGAAAAAACUAGAUAUCGUAAAACCAGUAAAGUAAUUUGGGUGAAAUUGAAGGACACUUAUCGUUUGAGUAGAAUUCCUGGUGAAAAUGAUAAAGAUAUUGAAAACCUCAGAGAAGAACUGAUUAUACUAUUUCGGCGUCAUCCAAAAGGUAUUACAUGGAACAAAAUUGACAAGUUAUACACUAAGGUUUUUCAGAAUCAAGAAAACGUGCUUGAGCUGCAAAGGAAUGCCACAACUGGUGUGAUUACGCAGGAACAGCUCCUAUUUUGCAGACAGAGUAAUAAUGAAUUCGAUGUAUCCGGAGAGUUUGCCGUAACACGUUGUUGGACUAACAUUCAGAAAGGGUAUGCUAUGCAGCAUAAAAGACAGACCAUUAAAGAUCAAUCUAGAACAACAGGACAAAGCUCGAAUACAGGCAAAGCCACUAAAUCGAGAACAAAUUGUGCUGAAAAACCACCUGACAAAUAUAAUGGAAUAACAUCAAAAAGAAAGAACAAAGAAGAAAAGAUGUCAAGAAAUAGGCAG